GCCAUCAGCAUGGAGUCCUUGACUCAGAAUGAGAGUCACUGGACAGUACUAUUCCAAGGCAUGUUUUUUUAGCCUUCGGACGAGCAGGUGGAUCCGACACCGGCGGAGGCAGAAAGGAGUAACCUGGCUAACCUGAUGCUGACCAUGAUGAGGGCGGUGAUGUGGAACAAUACGAUGUUGACAGUGCAGAUAUACGAGGGCAGACAGUUGAGACAGACUCAACAGAAAGACGUUGCAGCCUUAACAGCCGCUGCUCGCGCUGCCGCCACACAUCAGCAACAACAGCAACAGCUGUUGAACACCACCACCACACGCAUCAACAUCAUCAAGGCUAAGGCCUCAGCAGCGCCAAGCUGCACGACAGACACGACGAAGCAGCUCGGGGAGCGCAUCGACCAUGUCGUCCCUAUUAUCGGCGAACUAGGUGACUUCACUAGUCCGGCCACAAUCAGCAGCACGGUGGCCGCCAUCAAGACGGACAUCACCAAGCUGCAGUCAAGACCGGACGCCGCUACAAAGGCAUACAAGAUGCCACGCUUCAACAUCGGCAAGUUUGACGACUACAACAAGACGGACGCCUUGACAUGGUGGCAAAGCUUCCUCACCGAAGGAUCCUGCUACACUGUACCGACCGAAGACAUGAUGAAAGCGCUCUACCUCCAACUCAUUGGAGGAGCACAGGCAUGGAUGAACCAUACCGCGGCCAAUCUGAAAUGCACCAUCGCCCAACUGCACACUCACAUUCCGUGGAAGCAGUUCAAGCAAAUGUGGUUCACUCGAUUCAUGGUCAGCAACGUUGUAAAGGCGGCCAUGAACGACGUCUACUCCAGCUCACAAGGGAACAUGCCAACUCGAGACUGGACGAUCAAGUGGCAGACGAUAGUAACCACUCCAGGCUUCGACUUGAGUUUCCCAAACCAACGAUCCGAAUUCUUUUUGCGAUCGUGCGCAGGACGAUGGUCGGCACUCGGCAACGAGUACGACUAUGCCUCAUUCCAGGUUAUUCUCGAUCGUGCGAACCUGGUCAUCCAAACGGAUGACAAGGCCGCCAACAAACGGCAGUCCCAGUCGCACUAUGUGGCUAAGCAAGGCUACCAACGACCGGCACAUAACAACGUCGUGAUUCCUGACGAAUCAAUCGAUCUCCACGCUGCAGCAGCAUCCUCAAGUGAUGGAGUUGUCGCAGCGCUCCCGCCGAAACGGAAUCAAACGGAGAUCAAUGAUGUUUCCGAACUUAUGGAGGGUUCAAAGUUAGACGGCGAGGAGAAUGCUGAGGUUAGCAACCUCACCGUAGCAGUUAAGACUAAGGCCAAAGACAAGGCCACCACUUACGAGUUUGUGAUGGUGGAUGGGUUAUUCUUUCUUGAAAAAGCAAGGUUUAAGAGGUUCGAAACUAGUACCACCCCCUACAGCAAGGAGCAAGAAGAGAGAGUUGCCGCCCUUUUGCGAGAGAGGAAGGAGAAGAUGGAGAAGAGGGAGUUGAUCAAGCAGGCCAAGAUGUUGGCCUUGCUAGAAGAGCAGGAAGCGCAGAAGAGGCAGAUGGAGGAGGAGAUGGAAAGGUGGAAAAAGGAGCAAGAGGAAAAGAUGGCAGCUAUUCAGGCGGAGGUGGAGAAAGAAGAAGAGCCAUUGGAAAGAAGAAGAGGUGAAGCCAGUACAAGUAAGGAGGAGGAGAUCGAGAAGAUGACAAAGGAAUGUGCCGCACACUUGAAAUUCGGAGAAGAUAGGGAGGCAGAGUUGGCCAUACCCCAAGAAGAGAGAGAAGUGGCGAGGAAGCAGGUGGAAGCAGAAAGGGACCCAGUAAGGAGAAGGACGAAGGAGGAAGAACAGCAGAGGGCAUGGAAGUAGAGAUUGUCCCAAGAAAAAGUUAGGCAUCUGGAAGCGCCAGAGAAAGCAGAAAGAGACUUAAAGGCGGCAGAGGCCAGGAUGGGGAAGAUUAGGGUAGAGACCGAGCUAGCAACUAAACUCGAGACCCUUAUCCAAAGUGUCGAGUCCUUAACUAAUUGCACAACGCGAGCAGAUGCAAUACAUACGUAGUCAAUAUAUAAAGUUAGAUGCAAUGCGCGCAGAGUCUAGAGAUUUCUCGCAGGUGCCAGUGCAAAAUUCCUUUGUCUUACUGAUCGCAAAGUGGACUUGGCCCACCAUGUAUUUCAUCAUGUCCUGCGAGAAAUCUCUGAACUCUGCGCGCAUUGCAUCUAACUUUAUAUCUUGACUACGUAUGUAUUGCAUCUGCUCGCGCUGUGCAAUUAGUAAAGACUCUACAUUUUG